AGAUUUUCAAUAUAAAACUUUUCAAUACGAAAAUUCACCGCAUUCAAGUAUAGGCAGCGUCAGAGCAAGCGUCUUCGAGUAAACGGGAAAACAAGAAUUUUCAAAAAGUUGUGUGAGAAGUUUUAUUCAGUUCGAAUAAUUUGUGUUCUCGUAGAUGUCAGUAGUGCCACUAAUGUUCCGUGACUGGUGGGAUGAGCUUGAUUUUCCAAUGCGCACUUCGCGCCUCUUGGAUCAACAUUUCGGUACUGGAUUAAGGCGCGAUGAUUUAAUGUCCUCAAUUUGGAGCUCGCGUCCAACGCUUUUACGCUCGGGCUAUUUGCGGCCAUGGCAACGUACCGGCACUGGUUUGCAAAAGCUUGACUCCGGAUCUACUCUAAACGUGAAUGAUGAGAAAUUUGAAGUGAUUUUGGAUGUACAGCAAUUCUCGCCUAAUGAAAUUACCGUAAAGGUUACGGACAGAUCUGUUGUAGUGGAAGCGAAACAUGAAGAAAAACAAGAUGAACAUGGUUACGUUUCGCGGCAAUUUACGAGACGCUAUAUGCUUCCAAAUGAUGUUAAUCCCGACAGCGUUACUUCGUCGUUGUCAUCUGACGGUCUUCUUACCGUAACAGCGCCCAUGAAGAAAUUGCCACCACCAGGCAGCGAACGUGUGGUGCCAAUUGCCCAAACGGGACCCUCUUCCAAGGAAGAUAACGAAAAGAAAGUUGAAACAACCACUGCUUGAGGGGCCGAAGGAAACGAAUCACCAUAUUUAUGCUUAAAAUUCCGCUUUCUUGAAACUUGAAACGUUCUUUUUUUUUUUUUUUUUUUUUUUGUAUUCAUAUGUAAUAGAUAUCAACUGCUAUAGACUGCUUAUUAUAGUUAACACUCGUUUAGUGCACAUUUGUUGCAUAUUUAUUUUGCGUAAAUCUGCAUUAUUUGGCACAUGAAUGCUUCUUUUUUUUUCUAUUAUACAGAAUAAUAAUUAUAAUUUAGUUAUUCAUAGAUUCACACACAUCUGCUUUAGACUAAAAUAAAAUUUGUAAUAUUUAUUUUUAUCACAAAAAAAAAAAAAA